UGUGUUCCUGCUAAUUUAUUCUACCGUAAUACCAUCUUUCAGUAUACCGGGGAGACUUUCAGUAAAGACUGGAAUGACGAAAUUAUUCCAUAACAUGACUGUUGGCGUGAGGUGAAGAAACGUAGUGGAGAGCAAAACUGCUGUAAAGUUGUUCAUUAUAGUUUCUCUAAGCUAGCAGCAAUUAGUCGGAGUGCGCGGUUCAACUAUUGUGCAACAGGUUUUUCUUUGGUCGAAGAGGGAUUCGCUUGACAUGAAAGUGGAUUAGACUAAAACCAGAAUACUAGUGAGACGUGCUGAGAUGAUAGAUAACUAGCAUUGCGUUACAACAAACACUAACCGCGAUAAGAUUCCGAUGUCCCUCUGAUAUGAGAUUUUGUGGUUGGAUGGUGCUCCUCUUCGAAGCAAAACGACACUCACAAACAAACGCAAUCAGUGCACGUUAUUUCGUUGAAACCGGCGGUCAGAAUUUGUAGAUAAGGGCAAACAACAAAUCUACUACAGCCAUCGUUGGUUUGGAAGAAAAUUCGACCAAAUCUUUUCGCACCCGUGCUUGGUAACACUGGCCAAAGACAAACGCAUCACGCAACGUAAUUCCAUCGAGUACAAUGGCCUGCCCCUUCUAUAAGCUGCUGAUAUUCAUUGCCCUACUGAUACUUCAAGUGAUAGCCACCUGCAAAGCCACUUUAAUAGCCAACGACGAUGAGCAGAAUAAAGCCGGCCAGGUGUCCAGUGUAGACUGGGAAGUCACUUAUGAUCCGCCUAAUCUCAAUAUGGACAUGGAUACGAUGCGAAACGUAACCGUGCGGAUCGAUCACAUCAAGACGACGGACUUAGAUGAUAUUCGUUCCAUACAGUUAAGAAGUGAGCGGGAACACGUGGCUUGGGUUGAGAAUGGUACAAUCUUUAUACUCGAACCGCUUGCCGCGUCCGUCGCGUACAACGGGUCGUUUAACAUCGUUGCAAACUUCCUUGGACAGACUAAACUUUUCGUCGAAUUGGUGCACAAGAACGGUUCCACGGAGCGACUCAAAUCGUCCACCCUGCCCGUGACCGUAAUACGCCCCGAACGCGUGAUUGAUCAUGUGUUUACCGGAUCGGUCAUACUGCUCAUAUCCAUCCUGUACAUCAACUUUGGCGCAGCGCUAGACGUAGGAGCACUGAAGCAGAUCGCGCGCCGACCGGUGGGUCCCGUGAUAGGAUUUAUCUGCCAGUUUGUGUUCAUGCCAUUGUUAAGCUACGGACUGGGGCAUUUACUUUUCCCCGACAAUUACGAGCUCCAGUUGGGGCUGUUCUUCACCGGAGUUUCACCAGCCGGUGGAGCCUCCAAUAUCUGGACCGUGGCUUUGGGCGGGAAUCUCACGCUUUCAAUCGCCAUGACCACCAUCAGCACGCUGGCAGCAUUCGGUAUGAUGCCGCUGUGGAUUUUCACCCUCGGUCGUACUAUCUUCCAGCGGGCAAAUCUUGUCGUACCGUAUAGCCGUAUCGCCUACACAGCCAUAGGGCUGGUUGUACCAAUCAGUGCCGGAUUGCUCAUACAACGUUACUGUCCCCGGUUUAGCAGGCUGCUGGUACGCAUCCUUAAGCCCAUGUCCGUGAUAUUAAUCUUAUUCAUCGUCAUCUUCGCAAUCGUCACCAACCUGUACCUGUUUGAGCUAUUUUCCUGGCAAAUCAUCAUCGCUGGUUUGGGGCUACCGUUAAUUGGUUACUGUUUCGGAUUUCUGGCAAGCCACUUAAUGCGUCUACCUCUUGCCGAUUCAUUGGCCAUCUCCGUCGAAACGGGCAUUCAGAAUACCGGUAUUGCAAUCUUCCUGUUGCGCUUUGCCCUGGAACAACCGGCAGCCGAUUUAACGACGGUUAUGCCCGUUUCGAAUGCAAUUAUGACACCUUUACCUUUACUGUUGCUUCUGAUCGGUCUACGAAUUCACGAAAGAACGAAGCGACGAGCUGAAAACAGUUUAAUACCGAAAACUGAGACGGAUCCAGUGGUCGCAGCCUCCUAGCAACAAUAUGAAUCUACAAUCUUCCCUGGUGGUGGUGGUGCUGCUGCUGAUGGUAGCGAAUUAAACAUUCACAUUGAAAAGUGAUUUUUGUACAUCGAAAUACAGAAAAAAACCAUUUAUUCUAAACACUA